UCUAGAAUUUCAGGAGUAAAGUUAAGCAUAGUAUAGUGUUGGUGUUGUUUAAUGAAAAUUGAAAAUGUGUGUGAAGCAUAUGACCCAACAACAGUAGCAAAACAAACACCACCACCACAAACUUCAAUAACAAAACACUUCCAAUUUCAUUUCUUCUUUCUUCCCAUCAACAAUCCCAACAACACUCACAUUUCUCUCAACAAUGACAAAAUCACCAAAAACAACCUGCGACCAAAACUCCAACAUGAAUCUCCUCCUAGUAUUAUUCCCACAAACCUCUUCACCUUCUUGUUCUUCUUCACCUUCACCAUCAUCAAAAUCUCUCAUAAUCUCCAAAGCUCAAUCCACUAUCUCAAUCUGCGCUCUCCUCCUCUUCACAACGCUCCUUCUCUUCACCCUCUCCACUCUCCCCAACACCUCUCCACCAUCCCCUUCACGACGCCGUUUCCUCCUCCACAACCACCAUAACCACCACAACUUCGCCCUCCAGAAAAUGGGUACCCUCUACCUCCGUGGAACCAGACCCAUGUCUGAUCUCCUCAUCUCCCACGUCUCAGACGAAACCACCCACGACGACUUUCGCUUCUUCCUCAGACUCCUCCAUCGCUCCACUAUCGUUUCCUCAACCGACGUCGUUUUCAUCUUCUCUUCACCUUCUUCAACUUCAUCUUUCUCUCCUAUUAUUCAACAAGAGAAUCACUCUUUCACAAAACUCCUUCACUCCAACAAUAACACAUUUUUCAACAAUUCUCGGUUUUUACACAAGGGAAACAAUCACAUUGGAGAAACAUUAUGGGGAAACAAAUUGAAAACUCUCAACAAUGUUACUGCUGGUUCUACUUCACUGAGUUAUGGAUCGGUACUGAGUUUCGACGCAACUGAACUCGACCCGGAAAACUCGCUAUCCGGGUUUCUCGACCGAGUUCCGUUCACUCUCCGACGCUGGGCGUGUUACCCAAUGCUACUAGGCCGUGUCAGACGCAACUUCAAACACGUGAUGCUAGUAGACACCAAAAGCGUUUUGAUACUCCGUGACCCGUUUAGCCGAGUCAAGAAUCGUAGUCCAGAAUCGGUUCUCCUCUUCAACAAACACGGCAAGAAGACUCAAUCAACUCAGCGCGCGGUUCUACCCUCUGUCAUCAUAGGCGGAGCUCGCGGGGUUCGACGGUUGUCUAAUGCGGUAAUGGUCGAGAUCGUUCGGGCCGCGACUCAGCAUAGGAAGAAGAAGAACUCGGUUUCUGAGUCCUCUGUUCUGAGUCAACUCGCGAGUAACGAGUUUCUCUUGAGAAGUAAGAAUGUUGAGUUAAUUGUGUUGAACGAGUUGGUUCCGGAAGCGAGUUCACUCAGUGGACACAAUCACGCAAUAAUUCAACGCGGUAAUGGUAAUCAUGAUUUUAAUUCUGUUAUUAAGAAGCAAAUUUGUUCGUCGGUGGUAGAUUCUUCUGUUUAUAGAGAUUGUUAAUUAGUUACAAAAAAAAUAAAUAAUAAAAAAAAUCACAUUUAUUA